AUGCUUUCCGGAGUGCUCAAAAUUCUCGUUCUCUUCUUUUCCAUCUUCAUAAUUUCGGAUGCCAAAAAUGUGUGCACCGGAGAAAGCUUGAGUGCAUUUAAUAUGUUAGAUGUAAAGAAUUUGACCGAGAUGGCAAAGAAACCACACUGCACUCAUAUUGUGGGAGAUAUCAUUAUUCAGAAUUUGGUGGACGUGGAGCUUCCAGUGCAGAUCUAUAAACGAAUCCGCGUGGUUUUUGGAUCAAUAAUUAUUGUGAACAACACAAAUAUUGUUCCUCCAAUCUUUUUCCAAUCUCUUCGUGUUGUCAAUGCAUCUCUUCUUCCUGCUAUCACGAUUUUGGGCAACAAAAAUGUGAUGAUGCAUGUUGGAAAUUACUUCAAGAAGGCAGUUACUCAAAACAAAGAGAAACUCAUGUUCGCUGUUCUUCUGAACUCGAAUCAAAUUCUUGAUACUAGUCAAUACAAUGUCUGGUAUUUGGCUGGUUAUCCGAAUAGCAAAUUCCUCAUGGAUUCUCUUUUACAAGUUAAAGUAUGUGGAGAGAACUUUUACAAGCCAAUUGCCGGAAUUCUUGGUUUCCUUUUCGUCGCAUUGACUUUAGGAUUUUCUACUGUCGCCUUCUACGACAGACCAAAUCUGAAAAUAUAA